AGAAAAGCCCCGCGUUCGCUUUCGGCCUGGAGGGGAGGCGGCUCUGCUCGCCAAGCCGCGCCGCCCUUUGGGGAUCCCCGCAAGAAGUGCACCUGUGGACUGGAGGCCUUUUCUGGAGAGGCGAAGCUGCUGGCUGAGCUGGAGGAAAUGGGCGAGAAGGAGCUUGAAAUUGAGCACCAAGAGGUGGCCAUGGAGAGGCAGCCAGUCAUCCCCCUGGCUCAGUACACCGGAGUCACACGGGAGUUCUUCUUGCAGGAGAUCUACCCACUGAGAAAGCCGGUAGUACUGAGAGGAAUAGAUUUGGGCCCUUGCACGGCCAAAUGGACUGUGGAUUACCUCAUUCAAGCAGCAGGAAAGAAAGAAGUAAAAGUUCACGUUGCUGCUGAGCCUCAGAUGGAUUUCCUCAGUAAGAACUUUGUGUAUAGAACGUUGCCCUUUGAUGUAUUUGUAAAGAGAGCAGCUGAAGCCAAACACACAGAGUACUUUAUUUCUGAGGAUGAAAAGUAUUAUUUGCGAUCCCUUGGAGAUGACCCUCGGAAGGAUAUUGCAGAUCUCAGAAAACAGUUUCCUCUGCUGGGGGAUGACAUUUGGAUCCCUGAAUACUUUGACAAGGAAAAGCUCUUCUCCACCGUCUUCCGCAUUAGCUCAGCAGGACUACAGCUUUGGACCCAUUACGAUGUAAUGGAUAACUUCUUAAUUCAAGUGACUGGAAGGAAACAAGUUGUCUUGUACAGUCCUCGGGAUGCUCCUUAUUUGUAUUUAUCAGGCACCAAGUCAGAGGUGCUAGAUGUAGACAGACCGGACUUCAAGAGAUACCCUCUCUUUGCCAAGGCCAGACGUUACGAGUGUCUUCUUGAAGCAGGAGACGUUUUGUUCAUACCAGCUUUGUGGUUCCACAACGUGACUUCAGAGGAGUUUGGAGUUGGAGUCAAUGUUUUUUGGAAGCAUCUUCCUUCUGAAUGUUAUGACAAGACAGACACUUAUGGAAACAAAGACCUGGCUGCAGCAUCAAGAGCAGUUCAGAUUUUGGACAGAGCAUUGAAGACACUGGAAGAGCUACCUGAGGAAUACAAAGAUUUUUAUGGCCGGAGAAUGGUUUUACAUAUCCAAAAAAAAACAUACAGCACUAACUAUGAAUAAAGAGUAUGCUAGAUCUUCA